AAAAAUAUUCCAACUACAUUCCAGCGGAUGAAAAACAUUAUUUUGGUACAAAAAGAUCUUAAAAAAAACCAGUAAGCUUUCGCUUUAACAUACAUUUUAGCAGCGAAAUUUUUUUUAUACGAAAAGUUUCAUAAUACCAUAAACACAGUGAAAUGAAAAUGUUGAAUGGACUUAAGUGCAAAUUGAGAAACACAAAAAAAACAAUCGCACAUUAAAGUGACUUUGAAAAGAAGAUAAAAGUGAAAGUAAAAGGCAGCGGCAAAAAAAAAAGGCAGGCAGGAACCGCAGAAGUGAGUGGAGUGAUUAAAGCAGCCAAGCGGUAUUAGAAGCAGUAAAGCAACUACUCAAAUGAUGUUGUAAACAUUUCACUGUUAAAAGUAAUUGAAUGCGGAAAAGUAUGCUUUUUAAAAUAAUACAAAAGGCAGCUCAGCCAACAAUAGUUGUAAUGAAGAAUGUACAUACAAACAUAAAAGCUUUGUACAGUUAAUGCAACAGUAAAUACUAUUUGUAUGAACGAAAUCAACGAAGUUUACUGGAGCUAAGAGCAAAGGUGCAAACCACCCACUGCUUUUCGGGUACUCGGUGGUCCGAAGUACGACCAAGCGGAUACGGCAUUGCAGCUGCAAGACUGGGUUUUUGUUCGUUGCUGCAGCUCGAGAACGGUAAAAUGCAGUAAAAUUCAGCCACGAUAGUAGCUGAUUGAGUAGCGGCAACUAAAAUUUGUAUGUGUUUCUGUUGCGCAUUUCGCGGAUUUCCAGCCAUACGAAAAAAAAAAUAAAAUAAAUAAAUUCGCCAAAAAAAAAGACCAGAAGGAAGCGGUGCCGAACCAACAGCUCAUGCAGCUGAACUUUCACACCCAUUAAAUACAGUUACUCAACGCGUUAACCUCCUCGCCACCGUUAAGUGAGUGGCCGGCAGGCAGCAUGCAACCCUACGGGACUGGUGUGAGUGGUGGUAUUGUUACGCCAACCAUGUCCACACCUUUCAUUUGUGCUGCACUCUUUUUUUUGCUGACCAAUUGUGUUUGCAUUGAAGCUGACCUCAUUUUUCAUAACAAAGUGAAGUGAAUGAAAUUUUUUAAUUUUCCAAAUAUGUACUGUUAUUUUACCUCGCACAGUCGCACAUCAGCAUUGUCAUAAUUAAAAAUCUGUGCAUUCGUGCGUAUUCAAAUCGAGGAACCAAACAAAAAAGGAGAGCGAAAACGUAAAAAAACAAAAACAAAACAGCGUUUUUGUUCAACCUUUUGUAAAUUGGCUGCAACGAACUGGACGCUUUUGGGGCAUUAAAGUGUUAAUAAACCCUCAUCGCUGGCAACGUGUGAAGUGCGCCAAAAAGGAAUCUGAAAUCUAAAAUCCACAUUCAACCUGCACACAAACAUUGGCGGAGAGCGAGUAGAGGUCGUCAAAAUGUUGCCCACCAAUGUAAUGACAUUCAUGAAAAAGAUGGUCGCCACAGAUGAGACGCCAUCCACACAGAAUCAACCCGAUGCUGGCGGCACCUUCGGCAAGCUGAAGCAGACACUGUCAUCGUCAUUGCUGACAGCGCAGGAUAGAGUAAAUAAAAUGUCACCACGUCCCUCGUUGGCGCCCAGCGAGGAUAGCAGCUAUGGCGGCGGCUAUCAACAGCAGUCACAGGACGCCUAUGCGGCCAAUCAGAACAAUAACAAUAAUAACAACACAACAGGCGGCAGCAGCACAGGCAGUGCGAAUUCAUCGAAAAAUGAGCCAGGGCGGCGUGCGGGGGCGUGUCGUGUAUGCUUGAAAUCCUUCAAGCCCGACGACUAUCACAAGACGUGCUUCGAGUGUCAGCAGCGUGUGUGCGAGGAUUGCGCCAGCUAUAGUAAGCUGGAGGAGAACGAAGAUGCGAAUAUGUGGCGCUGCAGUGUGUGCCGACGAAAGAUGGCCUCGCGUGUGUGCAUCCCACAAGACUCAACCGACUCCAUGUUGGACGUGCCCGUGCUGGAGGCGCUGCAACGACGUCACUCCGAUGCAAAACUCGGCUCAACACAGACACUGGCACCGGCAAAUGGUGCCGCAUUGGCACCGCCGCGCAGUCCCGAACUGCGCCGGCAUUCGGAUGUCUCACCCGCCUCGCUCAAAGAACUCGAAAAGUUGAAGGGCAAUAAAACACCGGGCGGUGAUUUGGACUUUCGCAAGGGUGGACGCAGCAUGGCGCCGAGUCGUUCGUCGAGCCCGCCACGGCAGGCGGAUCUGGAGCAGCAACCGCCUUUUGGACCGCCCCUGUCGCGCAUUGCUUCGCGGCGGGGUUCGCGUGUGGCGCGUCAGCACAGCUAUGACGAUGACAUGAAUAGUGCGGCCAUGGCAGCGGCGGCCGGCGCGGGCGGCGCUUUGGGUGCGGCUGGUGCACUGGGCAUGGCGGGCGGUGACCCCGGACUCGGCAUACCAGCAAUGCCGAGGAGAAAAUCCGCAUACGACGUCUUUGCGCCAAAUCUGCUGCAGAGUGCGGCGCCAGCUACUGCAGCACAGCUACAACGAUCACCUGGCGAUGGCAUGUCUCCUCAGAUUGCUUUGCCCGGUUCGCGGCGACCCUCCUUCCGUGUGCCGCAUCCUUCCGAGGAUUUACAGAACGAUGAGUCACCAAGUCCGGACAAGGGCAGCCCAGUGCUAACGGUGGACGACGACAGGCGCAUACGACGGCGUGGAUCACAGCUCCCUGAUUUGGCCGCGUUACAGCAACGCGGUGCUUUACCAACCAACCUGCCGGCCACCAUACCCCCUCCACUCGCCGCCUUUACUGGCCCAAACUUGGAGGACCUGGAGGCACCUCGGCGUCAAACAUCGAUGGAUGGUGAAGCUAUUAAAAUUGUCAUACACGACGUGGACUCGGGUCCUAUUUGCUCAUCGAAACGCAGAAUCGUCUUGCGCAGAGAUCCCACAGACAAGGCGCAUCGCACACGUGGCUUUGGCAUGCGCGUUGUUGGCGGCAAAACUGGUGCGGAUGGCCGCCUAUUCGCCUACAUUGUGUGGACGGGCGAUCCGCUGUACACGCUCUAG